CUUUUCCCUCUAAGCGAGGCUAUUCACCAUGCCACAGCAAAAGCACGAACUAACAACAUGGAGGAUGGGAAGGAUGAUUUAAUUUUACAAAAACGGAUUAUCGAAUUGAAUGUUGCCAAAUCAGAACUUGAAACAAUCAAAGCUGGCAAGCAAAUAUAUUUGAAGAAAAGCAAUAUAUUCUUCCUUUCCAACAAACAAGACACAAAAGAUUUUCUGAAAGUUUCUCUAAAAAAUGCAACGGAAUCCUUUCCAGAGAGCAAGUCGUGGUCAUAGGAGGUUGUAGUCAACGAGAAAGAAGACAUUUCUUUAAAUACCAAUUACCUCCAAACAAGGAUCUAUGAACAAAUUAUCCUAAAGUAUUUAAUUUCAUUUUUUAUUGUACAUUAUACUGAAUUUAGAAGUCUGUUGAACUAAACUUAAACUUCCCUUUAACGCACCCUCAGUUUUGGUUUGUUCAAAAAAUUUUCAUUCUGCCUCAUCCAUUAACGGUUGUUGCCGCUCUGUUUUUUUGUAUUCAAUUUAAUGUACUUCAUAUAAUAGUUAGAGUAAAUGAUAUCUUUUUCUCAAAUUUGUCAAUUUUUUUAUCUGAAAGAAUACAGGUACCCUUUUCAGAAGUUGAUUAACUCCUCAGAGUGAUUUUUUUUAUCUUGCUUUUCACAAUAUAUUAAUUUAUGAUUUGACAUGAAAGGCCAAGAAGCACUGGUUUUUUUUUAAUUUUCUGUGUACCCUUUUACACAGCUUAUAGGUGCACAUCAUUGAAAGGGGGCAGUGUGCUUCUAAGUGGAUCUUGAGAUCUUACCAAUUUCGCGAGAAAAAUAAAAAAACAAGAAACAGCAAUAUGGCUAUCCACUUCUCUCUGCCAACGUUUAAAUGCGAUUUCUCUCUUGCAAAAAUCUCUUGCAACGUUUAAAUGCCAUUUCUCUCUUGCAAAAACCAUUUUUUCAAGUUGUCCUUUGUGUAUAACCUGACAUGACGACAAAGACAACUUUAAUGAAGAACAUCUGAAUGAAGAACCAAUGAUCAUUGAUAAUGAUUCGGAUCCUGAAGAAGGUUUUAUUGAAUAACUGUUAGAAUAUGCUGUUUCAAUUGUUGAGACAUUACUCCUGCAACUUUGUGGUAUAAUCUUUCUUUUUACUUAUAGGCGCAUGUGCCUGUAUCUAAACCGUUUUUUGUACCCAGUAAAAAGUCAAAUCAUGAAUUUCAGUUUAUAAGCGCAUGCGCUUUUGAGCGGGGUAAUAGAGAACGAACAUGUGUUGAAUUUCUUAAUUUUAUUAAUUGUGAUGGUCAUGAAUUUUUAAGACUCACAAAUGAUAUAAAAUAAGGCCAAGUGAGUUUAGAAAGGCCGUUAUAGCUUACUAGGUUCUCAAUUUUUAGCCUGCCUAGACCCUCCUGGCACAUGGAACUUCAGUUUCUGUGUCUUUACGGGGAUGUUUUGUAUUGGGUGUUGUUGUUUUAUAGUUUAUUGAGUUGUUAAAAACUCCAUGGUUGUCAUGCUAAAGGCGAAAGCCAGUUUGAAUUUGUCUCCUUUAUCGCGAUAAUCGUGCAGUGGAAACUAGGCUUUAUCGAAUUUAUAGGAAAAUUGCUAUUCAAUUAAAUCACCUUAUCAUAAAUUUUCAGGCAGCGUUUUCAGGCAGGCACCACGGGGAAGGGGCUGGAAGCUAUCGCCCCACUUUUUGCCAAAAUGCAAAAAUAUUUACCAUUGAAUCACCAGUCAAACCACUUUUUUAAUUCGGUUUCAGCCCCCCCCCCCCCUUUUUUUAGAUCCCCAUUUUUCUCAACGCUCCGCGGUGCCUGCACUGAAUAGUUCUUGGGAAAAAACGUGCUCGCAGCCAAUUUGUAACACAUUUAACUAAUAUUUCACAUUUAGAGAUAUUUAAUGAUGACAUUUUCAGGAAGAAAAUAUUUCUUGAAUCAUAACUUGAGUACGGGGUAAAGAAAAACCACUCCGGAGCAGCACUUAGGCCGGCUUUCCGAAAGAAUUAUGAUGUGAAUGAAAAAGCUUUGCAACGAAGGAAAUUGAGGGGUAAAUAGACUCUUAAGUUAGACACAGGAAAGCAUUGCUUCUACUGCAAAAUUUAUCGCGAUUAGCGUUUGCAGUAGAAAUCCAUUUCAGAUAAUGUUUUGAAAUUAUUUUGGAAUGUAAAGCGCCAUGUUUGCAAGGCUUAUUGCUCUGCCUGAUGCCAGAAUCCUCAAGUUGUUCCAACUGAAUUUUGGAUCUUCAGCAUCAUUUUUAAGGAGCCAGUGUAUUACUCCGAAAAAUAUCAAAUUUAUACCGGGCCGAGAAUUUUGUUCUGUAAGCGAUAGAAUCGUUCGUAAAAGAAAUAUUUCGUUAGUGGUAGAUUCCGGAAUUUUAAUUAGGACAAAGUUAUUUUCAAGCAGCUCCUUUCGAUUUAAUCAAGCAGAUGCGAAACCGGCGAAAAAGCAAAGUUUAUUGUUACGUGUUCUAAAAACGGUUUGUUUGGUGACUGGUGCUAGUGUAUGGGCUGCCUUGAUUUUUGUGUACUUUUGGGUGGAGGAUUUCAAAGUUGAAAAGUCAGAGAGAGUAGAAGUCGAAUCACCAGAAGUUGGAGCGAUUCCAAGGGACCUGAGGUUUCUUGGUGUUUUGAAUGAUGAUCAAAGCUCUAAUGCAGAAGCUAUCAUAUUAAAUGACAACGACAGGCUUAGAAAUGAAGUUAAUCAGAAACUGAGUGCCUUCAACGAAGUUUGGCAAAAGUUGAGCAAGGAAGAAGGGGUGAGGCUAUCCCUUGGUGGCCCUGUUGAGAUAUGUGGAUACAAAUGUAAUAAUGGCACAAUAAUGGAUGCAAACCUGCCCCAAACAGAUGAUGAUGGACAUAAUAAGUGGAUUGCUAAUUGUUAUAUUGAAGGUAAAAAAGGAGCUGGUGUGCUAAGCAUUCUGUUUGAGAGGUUGCACACAGAAUCUGAAUGGAUACCUACUAGGGUACAUUUGGAAACUCUGAAAGAAUCAGGGGAAAUUGUUUGCAAUGUAUCUGGUAACUUGCCAAAUGGACUAAGGAAUUUCACAAGGUUGUCUGAUGUUUAGUUUUUACAGAAAUUUAGCUCUUAACCUUCUUUCUAAUAUAUGUAUUGUGAUAAGCUUUAAUAGGGUGGUGCCUAGCAAAUAGAUAUUGUAAAUUAAACAGAAGAGUGCUUGGCAAAUAUCUUUGCUAUGCAUUUGCUCUUAUUUACAUCAAUAUAAACUGUAGCAUAUUUGUGUUGUGUAAAAAUACAGCAAACUGUGUAGUUUACAACUUGCUUCAUUUUACACCUGACCUUAAAACAGCGACAUUUUUGUUGUGUAAUCCCAGUAUGAAAAUUGUGUCUACCAUUGCUAAAUUCACCAUUUAACUAGAUAAGCUGGCAUAGGAGCACCAUCAAAGCAUCUUUCAUUUUAUGUAAAAAAUGUGAUGAAUCAAAUUUGGAUUCAAUCAUCUUAGAAUAAUUUAUGAGAAUAAAUUAUUAGAAAUAAGAAUAACUUUAAAAAUCAAGAAUUUACUUUAAAAAGUUGUGAGAAGUAUUAACCAGCCUUGUUUCCAUAACAUAAAAA